AUGGUGGUGGUGGUGGUGGUGGUGGUGGUGGUAACAACCAUUUCUUCAUCAUCCUCAUCAUCCCCAUCAUCAUCGUCGUCCUCAUUCUUUUCGUCCUCGUCAUCCAUCUUCGACGACAACUGCCCUCGAGUGUGCAGCUGCUUUGCCGCCACUGUCGACUGCUCCAAUCGUCAAAUGACAGAACUACCACGUGAUCUGCCACGUGUCGCAACGCGCGUCAAUUUUGCCGGAAAUCAGUUGAUCGUACUCGCUUCUGGUUCAAUGACGUCACUUCGAAAUGUAGUGUCUUUGGAUUUGAGAAGGAAUGAGCUGGAAGUGGUGGCCGAUGGUGUUUUUGAAGGGUGUCCGAUAUUACAGGUGAACGCACACUUCACCACUACACUACCACCACUACCACCAUCGACCAAUCCAAUCAAACAGAUACUGGACAUGAGCCACAACAACCUGACCAAUUUGAACGAGUUCACCUUCCGAGGUCUCGAGACACUGACCGACUUCAACCUGUCAAACAACUUGGUAGGCAAGAUGGACGGAGUGUUCAGUUCCUUGGUGGAGCUUUCCAGGUUGGAUAUCAGUCAGAACAGGAUCCGAGUGCUCACACAGUUCUCGCUGAGGGAUCUCGUCAAUUUGAGAGAGUUAGAUAUGUCAGAAACCAAUUUAAAAUAUUUAAGUUUGAAUGUAGUUGAAUCGAUGCCAAAUUUGUUCCAUUUAAAAAUAUCAAGUAACGAUUGGUACUGCAACUCAUCUAUGCUCUGGCUGAAGGCUUGGCUG